GGAGAUUGAAAGGGCUGCGGAGAGCCAGCCAGUAACGGAGACCGGAGAAGGCACUGACCCACUCCGCUUUCCUGCCUUGUCGAAUAACAAGUGAUUUUUGUGAGUGGAUAUAUUGUUUUGUCAAUUUGAAGAACUAAAAGCUGGGAAUGGAAAAGGCAAACGGUCUUUCGUAACGCGUAUUCAUAUAUUUGCCACAUAACAUUCAUACGACAGCAAGAAAGUUAUAGCUUUCUCUUUUCAACGGAAUUGUUUGAAUACAGGCUAGGCUACAGUGGGCUAGAAUAAAAUAGCUCAGGUGUCCAUUUCAACAUCCAUAAGGAGCCGAGUUUACAGUGUGCGACACCGUCAAAACACAAGGUGCGCCUGCAGUGUGUUUAGGGAUAGAUAGGGCAUCUUGAAUUGUUUUGAUAGAUUCUUCCAUAUGCUUUAACUUCGUCUAUGUCGGAAUAUCUGCGGGUGUGUUUUCAACUCUGCCUUUCAACACUGUUAAUUUAAGACCAGAGAAAAUUUAACAGUGACUCGCGAGGGACGACGAAAACACCAACCGUCAAAAGAUUAAUCCAAAACGGGUUCUAAAAUCAAACUGGCAGUUUUAUUGCGGAGUACCAGACUAGAAGCCUACAUUUGCCCGGAGACGUCCAAUGAGGAUGGGACUCAAACUGGGAUACUAGACGGAUAGAACAAUCGCGGUCAUGUUUGGAAGAGGUUGUGGUGGUGUAGGUGUCCUCCUCGUCCUAUGCGGGUGGUUGGAGCUCUCCUCCCCCUGUCCCAGAGACUGUAUCUGCUACACCUCUCCCAGCACCGUGUCCUGUCAGGCCCAGAACUUUCUGUCUGUCCCAGAGGAGAUCCCAGCCCAGAGCGAGAGGGUCUUCCUGCAGAACAACAAGAUCCAACGUCUCCUGCGAGGCCACUUCAGCCCCACCACGGCCAUGCUGUGGCUUUACUCCAACAACAUCUCCUACAUCCAGGCCUCCACCUUCCACGGCUUUGCCCGCCUGGAGGAGCUGGACCUGGGGGACAACCGUCACCUGAGAGCCCUGGCUUCAGACACCUUCCAGGGGCUAGGCCGGCUGCACGCCCUGCACCUCUACCACUGUGGGCUUCUCAGCCUGCCAUCUGGGAUAUUUGAGGGGCUCAGCAGCUUGCAGUACCUCUAUCUACAGGACAACCAAUUGGAGUUCCUGGAGGAUGAUCUGUUUGUUGACCUGCUGAACCUCAGCCACCUCUUCCUCCAUGGCAACAAGCUAUGGUCGCUCCACCAGAACACCUUCAGGGGUCUCGGGGUGCUGGACCGUCUCUUGCUGCACCAGAACCGUCUGCAGUGGGUCCACCGUCUGGCCUUCCACGACCUGCAUCGCCUCACCACCCUCUACCUGUUCAACAACUCUCUGACUGAGCUGUCUGGGGCCAGCCUGGCCCUGCUGCCUGCUCUAGAGUACCUCAGACUCAACGACAACCCUUGGGAGUGUGACUGCAAGGCCCUGCCGCUGUGGGAUUGGCUGCGGAGGUUCCGGGGCUCCACAUCCUCUCUGGGUUGCGUCUCUCCGCCAGAGCUCCAGGGCCGGGACCUGAAGGGGCUGAGUAAGGAGGACCUACCCAGCUGUUCAGCAGGAGAAACCCAGGGAGGAGGUGUCAUAGGCGGGGAGGCCGAGCUGGGGGAGUCCCUGAAGAAAGAGGAGGACCAUCGACUCCAUCACAGGAACCACAGGCACCGCCAUAACCACCACCAGCACCCACACCUCCCACACGGGGACCAGCAUAAUGGGGACCCGUCCCCCUCGCCACUACCCCUGCCCAGGCCUCCCAAGGGGAGCCGCAGGAACUGUACCCGCAACAGGGGGCGUAAGGGGAAGGGAGGGGGUCAGGGGGGCUUGAAUGAGGUGCAGGCACUGAGGGAGGGGGAGGAGAAGGACAACGCCCCUGGAGGGGGUAAAUAUGACCCCUCCGCCCCCCCUCGCAGGAGGAAUAAGUGUGUUCCCAGGACUUCGGUUGGCCCGCCCAGCGGGGUCAAGAGAGCCAAUAGUAAUGCAGUGUCCCACUCCGCUGGGGCUUUUCUCGGUGUCCUAUUGGCUGUGCUGCUGUCACUCACUGCUGUGAUCCUCCUCUGA